UAUAGGACGGCAUUGCUCAGUCCGUGCCGUGGUGUUUUUCUGGGAGGAGUGGGACAACAGCCGUACGCGGAAAGAAAACAGCAAUAAGCAAAAACUAAAGGGUACAAAUCUGGCUGUGUGGGCCGUGGACGGAACCAGAUAGAUUAAGUCCCUCGGGAAUAUCUUUCCUGGACCGUCUUUUCGGUGACCGUGUUGGUUCUCACUUUUAAUUACCGAGCAGUAGCCUAUAACGUUACGGGGACUCAUGGAUAAGAGGAGAGCAGGCGGAGACGACGACAUCAAAGGGGCUCCCGGGUCAUUAGAUAUAGCUAUAGCACAGAUCAGACCAUUAUUUAACACGCAAGAGCAGAACAGCCUCUUAAAAACGGAACGCGCUUAGUAACAAGCCAGUUUUGGUAAUUGUCUGGAGUCUUUCUGGCGUCUUUUUAGGGGAAGAAAAGACGUAGUAUGCGCGUCAGGCUACUCAUAAAAAAACAACAGUAGGCUAUCUUACUAAAGGGUGAUAUUUUGUGAGGCGUACCCUCCCAUGCCAAAGAAGAACCACAGUUUCUAGAGCACUAGUUUUGUAGCGUUUUUUCAUUUUCUUCAGAUAAGUAGCUUAAGUGCUAAGGCUGCUGCACUUCUUUCUCUUUUCCUUUGUUACUCAGACCAAGACAAGCAGGCAGCUCCGGCGGGGGCAACAUUUCUCCCAGUUUUGAGCCCUGUAUGUUUUUUAUGGGAAACUUUUCAACCUCUCGUUUUUCAAAGUGCUGAAAGUUGGAGAAGGAAACCCCUUUUGUAGUGAUCCUCCUCCUCCCAUCUCUCCCUCCACAAUAAGAGCCACAUUGUAGAUAUGGAGGACCAGGCCCGCAUGAUGUUGGGUCAUAUUGGACUAACUGGACUGUCUCAUGAGGAUGUGGGUGAUCCUGACAACAUAAGGAAACAUCACAACCUCGGCCAGCCGCAGCAGCAGGACAUUGGUGACAUCCUCCAGCAGAUCAUGGUCAUCACAGAUGAGAGUCUGGAUGAGGCCCAGGCCAGGAAGCAUGCUUUGAACUGCCACAGAAUGAAGCCCGCCCUCUUCAGUGUCCUGUGUGAGAUCAAAGAAAGGACAGCCCUGAGCAUCCGAGGCGUCCAAGAAGAAGACAGCCCAGACCCUCAAUUCCUGCGACUGGACAACAUGCUGUUAGCGGAGGGGGUUGCGGGUCCAGAGAGGAGCGGGGCCUCUGCAGCGGCGGCAGUGGUUGCCGCGGCUGCCGGAGGGUCACCUAGUGAGGGGAACGUAGAACACAGCGAGUACAAAGAGAAGCUUGCUCAAAUACGACGGAUGUACCACGCUGAGCUGGAGAAAUACCAACAGGCAUGCAAUGAAUUCACCGACCACGUGAUGAACCUGCUGAGGGAACAGUCCCGUACACGGCCCAUCUCACCGAAAGAGAUUGAGCGAAUGGUGGGAAUCAUCCACCGCAAGUUCAGCACUAUCCAGAUGCAACUAAAGCAGAGCACAUGUGAAGCUGUCAUGAUCCUACGCUCCAGGUUCCUGGAUGCCAGGCGGAAACGAAGAAACUUCAGCAAGCAGGCGGCCGAAAUUUUGAAUACAUAUUUUUACUCCCAUCUGGCAAACCCAUACCCCAGUGAGGAGGCCAAGGAGGACCUGGCCAGGAAGUGUUCUAUCACUGUUUCUCAGGUGGCCAACUGGUUUGGAAACAAGAGGAUUCGGUAUAAGAGGAACGUUGCAAAGUUGCAGGAGGAAGCUAACCGGUACGCUGUGAAGACAGCUGUGGACGCUGCCAGUGUAUCUUCACAGGCAAGCCAAGCCAACUCCCCAGCCACACCAAACUCAGGAGGAUACCCAGCCCCGUGUUACACUCCUGACGGGAGGUUAUGAGGACCUGCCUGCAGGAACUGUCUUCCUUCCUCUCUGUGUCCAUAUCCCACUCUGAAUGUCUGUUUCUGUAGGGUGAUGAUGGCUGGCAGGACAGCAGUGAUUCCUCGUCCCAUCUCCCCCCACCCAGAGCAACAGGAAGCAAACACUACAUAACCUGCAGAUGAUGCUCCACCUUCCCAUCCUGCUCUUCCGACUAAUACAACCCAGACUGUAGACCUCCAGCCAAACGGAGCAUUACCAAAACUGCAACUUUCUUUUGUUUUGCUUUGUGAUGCUGAUCCUUUCUAACAUCUCUCCCACACAUUCUUUUUAACCCCUCCACUUUACGAAUGUGUUGACACCUAUUUCUUUUUUUUUUGUUUCUUUUUACUAUUACUCACACCAUUUUUUGUUUUUUUAAAAGAUAAAUAAAUGACAGAAAGAACCUUUUUUAAUGUACUGCUUCACCUACAGUGAAUCGUGUAUCACUGUAUAAAGGUUUAGGGCCUGUAUGUGGCCUUGAAUCUGAUUCAUCAUUUUAUUUCAAAGAAUUAAAAAAAAAGAAGAAAAAAAUGACAAAAAGAAAGCAUGUAGUAAUUUUUAGAUGUUAAACUACAAUUUUAUUAUGUAUUUUUUCUUUUAACUUUAAAUAAUGACCAAAAAUGAAUAAAAAAAACAUGUCACUUA